AUGGGGGUGCAGAGGUUGCCAUGGGCUGCCUGGAGCCGGUACCCAUUGCCCGCUCCCCAUCCUCACCUCCUUGUGCCGCCGGCAGUGACGGACCUGGAGCUGCAGUUCCAGUACCGCGGGCGCCAGGCCUGCGUGCUCACCGUCAGCAACGCCCAGGGGUGCCGCCUGUUCCACGGCAGCCUGGAGCCCAGCGCCGCGCAGGAGGAGCUCUUUGGGUCCCCGGCACUGGAGCAGGUCCGGUUCCCGGCCACCGACGGCAUCCCCAAUGAGAAGCAGCGUUUCUACACUCACCAGCUCCUGGAUGCGCUGGACCGCGGCCUCGUCCUGGAGCUGCAGGGUCAGGACCUGUUUGCCACGCGCCUCUGCCAGUGCAAGGUGUUCUGGACGGGGCCCUGCGCCGUGCGCUGCACCGGUCCCAACCCCAUCGAGAGGGAGAAGAAGACCAAGCUCUUCAGCCUCGAAGGGUUCCUCAAUGGCCUCAUCCUCUUCCAGAAGGGCCAAACCACCACCCCCCCACCCUUUGAGAUCUUCCUGUGCUUUGGGGAGGAGUGGCCGGACCAGAAGCCCAAGGAGAAGAAGCUGAUCACGGUGCAGGUGGUGCCGGUGGUGGCGCGGCUGCUGCUGGAGAUGUUCUCUGGGGAGUUAUCCUGGUCGGCCGACAGCAUCCCGCUGCACAUCUCCCAUCCGGACCUCAAGGAUAAGAUGGUGGAACAGUUCAAGGAGCUUCACAAGCUUUGGCAGAGCCAGCAGCGGCUGCCACCACCACCACCACCACCACCACCACCACCAGUGGUGGCACAAGCAGAGUCCGGCCCCACCGCCGGGACCUGGGUGCUGCCCCAGUGAUGUGGGGGGGACACAGGG